GCUACGGAGCGAGCGGACGUCGUCGACGCGCUUCACGACGAGGACACCAGGCGCGCUGGGUGGUCGUCGAUCGAUACCGGCUGGUCGCUGGCUGCUGGACCCCUUUUCACGCACAAGAACGUGGAGGGCAUGGGCGCUUCGUAG